CCCCGUUUGUCUUGCGAUGCCUGUAGCCUACUACCAUCCUGCCCGAACAUGUUCCUACGGAAGCGGAGCGCUGGGGAAAAGCGUAGUGGGGAUGAGCAAGGUUACUACCUAGCAAUAGCCUACGGAUACACAUGGAGCCUCCAUCAUAUCUGCAGGUUUGCGUCUCUCACCAAGUCUAAACUCGUUCAUUAGAGUCUCCAGCAAAUAAUGAAACUAUAUAUUUCCUUCUUUCGGAUCAGUUUAUGUUUCUUUCUAUGCAUAAUAUUUCCUGAUAGGACUGGCAUGAACGUGGAUUUGGACAUUUGAUUUGGCAUAGCCGGAUUCCUUUUUUUCGUGGAACAGUCUCCUUUCUGCGCUCCGCACACAGAGCAUCAUCAUGGACGUUUUGGCGAAUCACGGUAUUUUUCAGGAACUCCAGCUCGUGCAUGACACCGGCUACUUCUCUGCGAUGCCUUCGCUGGAGGAGAACUGGCAGCAGACAUGUCUGGAGUUGGAGCGUUAUCUACAGACGGAGCCCAAGAGGCUGUCGGACCUCUUUGACGAGGAGCUUGACUGCCUGCUCACCCCGGCCUACCUGAAGGAGGACAGUGAAGAGGAACUACUAGACCCCCUCCUCCCCAGCCUCCCGGACCCCCCCAGCCCUCCUGUACCUCCCCUGCUCUGCCCCUCUCGGAAGCACCUCUCUGGGGCCUUGAAGUCUGCCAAACCUAGAGACAGGAUGGGGUUAGGGUCUGGAGGGGGAGGGGUACACCCAGCCCAGUUGAGCGCCGUCACCUCCCUGACGCCGCCCUCGUCCCCGGAGCUGGGACGCCAUCUGGUCAAGCCCGACCCCCACCAGACUCUGACGGCGUCCGCGGACGGCACGCUCACUCUCAAACUGGUGGCGAGGAAGGUGGGGCUGAGCGCCGCCGUGUUGGCGGCGACAAACGCGCCAACCCUGCCCACAAGGCGUGACACCACAGGCGGGCACAGCGACGGCGAGCAGGGGGGCGCGUGUGUGAUGGGCGUGGGGGGUAUCUCUGAGAACAAGAAGAGGGUCCACCGCUGCCAGUUUAACGGCUGCAGGAAGGUCUACACCAAGAGCUCCCAUCUCAAGGCACACCAGAGGACGCACACAGGUGAGAAGCCCUACAAGUGCUCAUGGGAGGGCUGUGAGUGGCGGUUCGCCCGGAGCGAUGAGCUGACGAGACACUACCGCAAACACACGGGCGCAAAGCCUUUUAAGUGUGACCACUGUGACAGAUGUUUCUCACGAUCGGACCACUUGGCGCUACACAUGAAAAGGCAUAUCUGAGGAGGUGGAGGGAGAAGAGGAGAGCGAGAAGAGGAGAGGUGAAGAUGGAGGUGAACAUCACGCCUGUCUCUGUUGUGUUGAAAAGGGUACUGAGAGAGAGAGUUCAAUCAAAAGCUUGGUUACAUCAGAUCAAGGAUCGGAUCAGCCUUGAAGACAUGGGAGAGCAAGACAAACGGACCGUGUCUGUGGGGCUGCAUUGGGCACGUAAUCAUGGUGUUUGUGUACAGACAGACAAACGGACAGUGUCUGUGGGGCUGCAUUGGGCACGUAAUCAUGGUGUUUGUGUACAGACAGACAAACAGACAGUCUGGUCUUAUGUUGUUCCCAAAGCAGCUCUGCCUCACCCGAGUCCUGGAAAUGUGAUACUGCCAGAUUGGGAUUCUGCCUGGAGACAGUAACACAAUACCGACUGACGCUUGUGUCGUGUAAAGAGGAAAAGAGUUGGCGUCCCAUUUUCUGUUGCUCUUUCAAAGGUUAUCUUAUAGUUUGGACAACUGCAAACAACCACAGGACAAGGCUACUUUGCAAAGCCAACCCAGUCAAACUCAUCUUGUAAGGAGUCAAAGGUCAACCCGAAGACAUUGACCCAGUCCCUGGUCAGACAACUGAUGACCACAUUGAACUAUAAUAUUCAUACUCCUAUUCUCUGCCUCCUCUCUGCCUCCUCUCUGUUUCCUCUCUGUCUCCUCUCUGUCUCCUCUCUGCCUCCUCUCUGUUUCCUCUCUGUCUCCUCUCUGUCUCCUCUCUGUUUUCUCUCUGUCUCCUCUCUGUCUCGUCCCUGUUUCCUCUCUGCCUCCUCUCUGUUUCCUCUCUGUCUCCUCUCUGCCUCCUCUCUGUCUCCUCUCUGUCUCCUCUCUGUUUCCUCUCUGUUUCCACUCUGUCUACUGUCUGCCUCCUCUCUGUUUCCUCUCUGUCUCCUCUCUGCCUCCUCUCGGUCUCCUCUCUGUCUCCUCCCUGUUUCCUCUCUGUCUCGUCCCUGUUUCCUCUCUGCCUCCUCUCUGUUUCCUCUCUGUCUCCUCUCUGUUUCCUCUCUGAGCCCUCUCUGUUUCCUCUCUGUCUUCUCUCUGUCUCCUCCCUGUUUCCCCUCUGUCUCCUCUCUGUUUCCUCUCUGUCUCCUCUCUGCCUCCUCUCGGUCUCCUCUCUGUCUCCUCCCUGUUUCCUCUCUGUCUCGUCCCUGUUUCCUCUCUGCCUCCUCUCUGUUUCCUCUCUGUCUCCUCUCUGUUUCCUCUCUGUGCCCUCUCUGUUUCCUCUCUGUCUUCUCUCUGUCUCCUCCCUGUUUCCCCUCUGUCUCCUCUCUGUUUCCUCUCUGUUUACUCUCUGCCUCCUCUCUGCCUCCUCUCUGUUUCCUCUCUGUCUACUGCCUGUCUCCUCCCUGUUUCCUCUCUGUCUCCUCUCUGUCUCCUCUCUGUUUCCUCUCUGUCUUCUCUCUGUCUUCUCCCUGUUUCCUCUCUGCCUCCUCUCUGUCUCCUCUCUGUUUCCACUCUGUCUACUGCCUGUCUCCACUCUGUUUCCUCUCUGUCUCCUCUCUGAGUUCCCCUCCACAGCUGCGCAGCGACACUUUUGAAACUUUUGUAAAAAAUGUAAUUUGUAAACCCUUCGGUCUUGAACUGGAAAGUCUUGAAACUCACCAAACGUUGGCUUGGACACAUACUGUUCUAGUGUGGAAUGCCAUAUACACAAGCGAAAGACAAGUAGCAAAACAGCUACCGAAGCACAGACUGCAAAGGAUAUCGUAAAUGAUGUGUACAGGUUUCUUCAUUUCUUUUCUAAAAUCUCUUCCCUUUCCCUAUAUGUUUUGCUGAGAACAAUUCAUUUCAGAGCGCACAGAUCCUGAACAGCACCUCACCAUCAAAGUACCAAACCUAUGAGUUCUUCAACAUGCUUGAAAUUAGACAUUGGUCUAUGAGAGUACUUGGCCAACCCCACUACAGAACUACAGAGUGCAACUACCAGACAAACAACAAAACUAGAGCCAGAGUCAAAAGCAUACAGACAGAGACUUUGUCGGCCACUCGCAUUUCUAACAGAAUUCUGCUCAUGUCCACAGUUCAUUUCAAUAGGCCGAGAUGCUUCUACUCAAGGUGGGAUGUGGGAAAUGUAUUUUAUGUUGAGGGAGGAUUCUUCUUCUUAUGAUUCAAGGUUUUUUUGGAGGGUGAGUGAGUAAUUGUGAAUGUACUGUUGUCUGUCUGUGCAUGGCAUUAGCACCCAGAAAGGACUUGGUCAGUGGGAUUGUUGUGCAGUCAUAUAUGUGGUACUGGUAAGCACAAGCCAGGCAUUGCGAUUCACUUUCAUUUGUAGUCUUCUCUUUACCAUUAUCAUCACCAUUGUCUUUCCUCACCCUGAACUGUCUAAGAAUCGGCAGGUGCAGAAACGCACACAUCACUUGGCGAGAAGACAGACAAACAUUAGCUCUCUGUUGACAUGUUUUUGCUAGCCCCUUGCCAAUUGCCAUCUAGACAUCUGCUCCGUUAGCUGUUAGCAUCAUCCAGCGCUAGCCCCUCAGAGCUGCCCACUGACUUGGCUGACAUUGGCCAAUGGGAGGGCACGUUGACAGCAGGGUCAUCGAGGUAAUGAAGAGUGAAUUCUGUUCCCUUAGCAGUGCUGGUCAGCGCUGGUCAGCCCUCUAACGGGACUCAAUGGAGUGAGACUUCCCAACUACUCUAUUUCUCUCUCAAUCCCUCUAUUUCUCCCUCCACCUCUCUCUCUCUUUCUCUCUCUCCCUCUCUAUUUCUCUCUCCCCCUCUCUGUGACCAUACUAUUGAGAGGUCACAUACAUUGCCCCACUGACCGACACGGCCCGAUUCCCAGCCCCGGCAUUAGUUUGCUAGAAAGUGUCAGCCUCCUGUCCUGCUACUCGCAAAUACCAAGGAAUACAAACUCCUGGGUCAUGUUCAGUAGGGAGGAAAUUAAUGUGUGAAAUGAGUGAAAUAAGCUACCACCUGAACGUACCGCAUGGACGUUUUAAAACCUUUUGCUACAGUGGUCCUGGAUGAACACAACCCAGACCUCCAGGCCCAUCUAGCUUAGCUGUGCACAAACACACGCAGGGAGGUUGAAUGCAUUGCACACGACAUCUCAAUGAUUUGUAGAAACUACUAGGAAGAGACCAAAAGAGGAACCUGGUGAUAAUGUUCUGUGUAUAUCAAACCUUUACCACACUCUCCCUUGAGGCUUACUGUCCAAUAUCCAUGUGUCUGAUUGGUUCCAAUAAACCAGCAUGAAAGACCAAAAAUGCACAGACAACGGUGGUUGAUCCGAAUCAAACCCUGUUUUAUUGUAGGAAACACAGCAAGAAACAAGCAACAUCAAAGGUUUUAGAGUAGUUGGGACUGUGAUUAGUGUUUCCUCCAUUGGCAGCUCGCUGUGUUCAGACCUUUCAGUAUUCCAGGGUGAAACCAUCAAGACAACAACUUAACUAAAUGGUCUCAUGUAAGUUUUCUCUGUAAAUGCUAGCUACCAGUUGAUUACUGAGAUGUUGAUUGUGAUAUAAUAUUUUUUUUUAUCGUACAACAAGAUUCACUGUGUACUUGAACAGAGUUCUCUUUUGGGGCGGCUUAUCAAAGCGGAGUCAAAAUGAAGCUUCAUUCUGGCCUGCCGAGUGGAGCUGCAGUCUAAGGCGUUACUACAGACCCGGGUUCAUUCCCGGGCUGUGCCACAUCCGGCCGUGGCCGGGAGUCCCGUAGGACGGGCAACAAUUGGCUCAGCAUCUUCCGGGUUAGGGGAGGGUUUGGCUGGGGGAGCUUUACUUGGCUCAUCGCUCUCUAGCGACUCCUUGUGACGGGCCGGGUGCCUGCGGGCUGACCCCGGUCACCAGUUGGAAGGUGUAUCCUCCAACACAUUGUUGCAGGCUGGCUUCCGGGUUCAGCUGGCGGGUGUUAAGGAGCGCUGUUAGGCGGGUCAUGUUUCGGAGGACGCAUCAUGACUCAACCUUCGCCUCCCGAGCCUGUUGGGAAGAUGCAGCGAUGAGACAAGAUCAAAAUUGUAGAGAAAAAGGGAGGUAAAAUUUACAAAAUAAUUCAUCACCUCAUCUCUUCAUUCGUUAUAAUUCAGCACUACAAUUUGUUAGGACAUUUCAAAGUGACAGAAAGACAGGCAUUGUGAUUGUUUUACAGUUGUGGGUAGCUAUACACUGCAUCUUGAUGUACUGUAUGACAGGUGUUUGCUGUGCCCUCUAUCCUCAUCUUCAAGCCCACUCCCAUGUCAGCUGUCUGACCACCACAUGAACUUUGGAUGUUACGUCCCUAAUUCGGCUCCCUGAAACAUCAUGAUGCACACACCAGUGUUGAUGUAUUUCCUGUUUACGGUUUCCUGUCAGAGACGCAUCAUGUUUCCUGUUUGUGAUCAGAGACACAUCAUGUUUCCUGUUUGUGAUCAGAGACACAUCAUGUUUCCUGUUUGUGAUCAGAGACACAUCAUGUUUCCUGUUUGUGAUCAGAGACACAUCAUGUUUCCUGUUUGUGAUCAGAGACACAUCAGUAAGUUAGUAAAAACAUUCACAGAGAACUACUGAAACAGAGAACACACUUCACAUUUACUUUGUGUCUGCAGUCUACACGUCAUUUUUACUUGUCUUUGUGCAUCAGAACUUGGUUAUACAACAAUGGCUUUCACUGCUUUGUAUGGGAGUAAAUCACUGCUUUGUGUGGGAUUAAAUCACUGCUUUGUGUGGGAGUAAAUGAAAAUGUAUUGUACACCAUCCUUAGUGUAACAGCACUUCAAAAAACAUUCCCUUUUUCUACCAGCGCCCCUCUCCCAUAUUCCCAGCUGUACUCUCUCUCUCUUUCUCUCUCCUUUUCUUUGCUGUACAAAGUGUUUUCAAAAUUAUUAUUUGUAUGAUGUUAGUAUGACGAUGUUCUUUAUUAUGGAAAAAGGAAAGAUUUAUUUUUGUUACUGGUUUGUUUCAUAAUUCUUUUUUUAAAUUGGUAUUGUAAUAUCUCUAUGCAAGAACUGUUGAGUGAAUCAUUUGUAUUUAAGAAUGUAAUAUGUGUAAUAAAUAGUAGAAUCACGCUG